AUGAUCUACGCUCCGAUCUUCCUCGCGCUCGUCGCCCCCAUCGUUGCUCAGUCCAGCUCCAACUGGACCCUUCCCGCCGGCUUCGAUCUGAGCCAGGUCGACUCAACCACCAGAGCCAACUGGUGUCUUGCGGAGCGCAACAACUGCCCCAAAAUCUGCGGUGGUGUUGCCAGUGUGAACCGCUGCGAUAGUGACUCUCUUGACUUCACAUGCACUUGCUCCAACGGCACCGACGCCAAUGUAGGCCUUUACGAGGGCACUAUCCCCUUCUAUGUCUGCCAGGAAGAGUACGCGCAGUGCAUCCAGCAAUCCACCACCCAGGAUGGCGAUGAUGAGUGCAAGCAAGGUCUGAAUAGCUGCGGAAGCCUCAAUGCUUCUGCUUCCACUACCACUUCGACCACUACCACUACUUCGACCACUGUGACUUCUGAGACGAGCACUGCGACUGGAGACUCUAGCAACAACAACAACACUGAGGCCACGGCCACGGACUCGAGCGACAGCCCUACCGAGACCGAUGGGGCGAUGCGCCUGAUGCAGAACUAUGGAUUGGCUGGGUUCGCGACCGUGAUGGUUGCCGCUUUUGCGCUGCUGUAA